AUGGCCGACUCGUCGGAGGGUUGGUCUGCUGAAAGCGAGCAGCAAUUUUGGGACUCGCUUGCCGAGAUCCUCUCCUCCCCCUACCAAACCGCCGAGCAGCUCGAUAAUGCGCUGCGCUCCUGGCUACAACUGGUAGCCCAAGCCCGCAACAAGUACCUCGAGAGCGAGGAUAACAUUGCUCGCUGUUCUCAGGGCCUGCUGGGCAGUCCCAUCUUUCGCGACAAUGCCGACUACGUGCGUACUCAGUUGAUCUACACUCUGUUGCAGGAGGACAAGCUCGCGCGCCUACACGUCAUUGCCAAUUUCCUGCUGCUGGACGGUCGCGCCGAGGAGGGUACCUUCCGGCGCAUGAUUAGCGAGGGUUGUUUUGUGAGGCUAUUGGAGUUGAUUCGGAGUUGUGGGGAGCAGGAUGUCCGGCUGCAUAGGUUGUUGUUGCAGCUGAUGUAUGAGAUGGUGCGGAUCGAGCAUCUCAGGACAGAGGACCUGCUGCAGGUGGACGAUGACUUCGUUACGUACCUGUUCCAGAUUAUUGAGUCGCUGUCAGAUGAUGCUAGCGACCCGUACCAUUAUGCGGUGAUAUGGGUCUUGCUGGUGUUGAACGAGCAAUACAUGAUAGCUGAUGCAACAGCUGCGGUUGACGCAAGCUCAGCCCCGGCGCUCAUGACAAACCGCGUCAUCAAGGUCCUCAUCACCGCCGGGUCCUCCUACCCAACCUUCGGCGGCAACAUCAUCCUCCUUCUCAAUCGCGAGCGCGAAAAGUCCCAACAACUCCUCAUUCUCAAACUGCUCUACCUCCUCUUCACAACCCCCAAGACUCGCGAGUAUUUCUACACCAACGAUUUGAAAGUCCUCCUGGACGUCAUCAUCCGCAAACUCCUCGACCUGUCUCCAGAAGAGACUACCCUCCGCCACACAUAUCUGCGCGUUUUGCACCCGCUCCUACGGUAUACCCAGCUCAACAGUCACCCUUACUACAAACGUGACCAGAUCAUCAGCUUGCUCAACAUCCUUCGAGGAUCGGACAACUCAGCACAUUUUGCGCCCCCUGAACCAACGACACUGCGCCUUGUCGAGCGCGUCGCCAGCGUACCCUGGCUUAUCGACAAAGUCGAACCGCCGCCGGCGCCUACUUCACCUACCGCAGCAAGUCCAACAGACAGCCUAGACCAGCACUCCCAGGCAGGGAGUACAGUCAGCGUGGUCGCCAGCGCGACCGAAAAGCUCGGGGUUCAAGCAGCCACCAUCCACCAGACACAGCCCGAUUUCAGACCCCGGUCCCAAGAGAAGGAGCCCCGGCCCGAAGGUAGCCCUCCCCGCGUACCGCCCCCUAGACGGGUUCUCCGAACGCAAAAGUCCCUCCCUGAAGUCCCAAGGCACAGACACGGCGUGCCAGUCGUCAAAACACCGCCUCCGCCGCCCCCGCCGCCGCCGCAUACCCUGAGAUUAGCUAGUCCUCAGCAGGGUCAAGGACAGGAGACGCAGACGAGUGUGAAUGGGACCGGGGCGGCGGAUGCAGGGGCACCGACUGGGGCGCCGGUGCCGGUGAAGAAGCAGCCGCCUAAGAUCCCGCCUCCGAGGAGGAAGGCGAGGUUGGUUGCUGCGGCUGCGGCUGCUGUUGCGGGGACCGCGACGGGGGGUGAGGGGGAACCGGCUGAGAAGGGGUUGCAUGUUGCCGUUGAGGCAGUACCUGCUGCCCCGGGUGCGCCUGUGGCUUGA